AUGUUUGCCUAUGAGAGAUUCAAUUCAUGGCUGUGCAGGAGGGCGCUGAAUAGAAGACAUCCAGAGGCCACCAUUCUUAGAACUUAUCAGGUAAUGCUUUCAGUGAGCUUUGAGCACAAGUACAGAUUGUAUGUUAGAUGUACAGACAGGGUUCUUAUUAAAAGCUAGUUAAUGAUUAUUUUAGCUGUCUCAUUAUGGAUAUGCUGUGCAUGUGCCAGUGUUCAUACUCCUGGAAUUUCCUAAAUUGCUGGAAAAUUAACAUUGAAAAAUAAAUCCGGGCUUACAUUGUUAUUGUAUAGGCGGAUGCAACACUCCUGCUUAUGUAGUUACGUUACUUACAAUAUAUGUGUAUCUGUCUAUUGUAUUCUUUUCACUAGACAUUUUCUGUAUUUAUUCUUUGUUAACAGAUCUUUGAGUGGUGUCACUAUAUGAAAUUGUCUGGAAAGAUGAGGAAUAAACUUCCCUUCGUACUUCCAUGUGGAGAUGAUAGUCACUUGAGUAGAGAUUCACUGUCACCAUUUCUCUCAGAUGGAAGUUCACUGGGAACAAUGCAUCUCUCAAAUGACAACCUGGCUCACAUGAAUGAGAUUUACAAGAAAGAAAUCCCUCAAGUCCAGUCACUGUGGACGAUUUAUCAAAUGGAGAAAGAAGUGGCUCGUAAAAAGGGAAAUCUAAAGAAAUUUCCAAAGUUUACCAAUUGGAGACCGGAGGGAAGUCAGGCUAUAUCAGAUGUGCAUUUGUCUAUCCUCGAGGGCCUUCAACCAACAGCAGUUGUCUACCACCAAUUUUUAUUGGAUGAUAAGCAGCACUCCCAAGAGCUACCUUUACAUUUCAACACAACACCCACGCAAAAAGGCCAACUAUUGUUUUUUACAGUCCUCCCUCAAGCUCAGAGGCUAGCAGCUGUAGUGCCAGCAGGUCGUUAA